GAAUAACCACGUGAUCUGCAACAUAUUACAAUCCAUCACACAGACGCCCAGGUAGGGCCUGAGAUGGCUAGUGUUGUGUGUGGCCAAUCUUCAAUAGAUAUAUGAUGUACAGCUAACCGUAUAACGUCGUUUGCAAUCUAUAAAACUGUUAGCACGUAAUGUACAAAUAAUGUAAUGUCGAACAAAUAGCUGUAGCUGCUGUGCGAGCUUGCUAAUAAGCUUCCCAUUUAACUUGCUAUCCAUUUGCAUGGGGCCGUGUCGGUAGUCGUAGCCGGUUAGACAGCUAACGUUAGCUAUCCGUGCGGGUAGCCUAAUUUCGGCAUGUUUUUUUAAAGAUCGGAGAUAAAUCUGGAGAUUUUAUUUCCUGGGCCAAUUGCCACGGCGCUUGGUGUCCACUUUGCGCUCGAGAUAGAAAAUAGAUUACGUCCGCUGAUGUCCGCCCGAAGAUGCUCGGGGAUCUCAGGUGUGGGUGGAGGCGCGGUGUCUCCCGGAAUCGAAGUGACAUUAACCGGGACAGGGGAGCCAACGAGGGAACUCUUCGAGGCCUGCAGGAACGGCGAUUUGGAGCGAGUGAAGAAGCUGAUCACACUGGAGAAUGUAAAUAGCAGGGACACUGCUGGGAGGAAAUCGACUCCGUUGCAUUUCGCUGCAGGCUUUGGCCGCAGAGACGUGGUGGACUACCUGCUGCAGAACGGGGCGAACGUGCACGCCCGUGAUGACGGAGGGCUCAUCUCACUCCACAACGCCUGUUCCUUCGGCCACGCCGAGGUGGUCAACCUGCUUCUGCACCACGGGGCUGACGCCAACUCCAGGGACAACUGGAACUAUACUCCGCUUCACGAAGCUGCCAUUAAGGGCAAGAUCGACGUCUGCAUAGUGCUGCUGCAGCACGGGGCCGAGCCAACAAUCCGGAACACAGACGGAAGAACGGCUUUGGACCUGGCUGAGCCCGCAACCAAAGCAGUGCUGACGGGUGAAUACAGAAAAGAUGACCUCCUGGAGAGUGCAAGGAGUGGGAAUGAAGAAAAAUUGAUGGCCCUUCUUACACCCCUAAAUGUUAACUGUCAUGCCAGUGAUGGAAGGAAGUCCACCCCGCUGCAUCUGGCCGCCGGGUACAACCGCGUGAAGGCCGUGCUGCUGCUCCUGCAGCACGGGGCUGACGUACACGCCAAAGACAAAGGAGACCUGGUCCCCCUUCACAACGCCUGCUCCUACGGACAUUACGAAGUCACCGAGCUUCUCGUCAAGCAUGGAGCCUGUGUCAACGCCAUGGACCUGUGGCAGUUCACCCCGCUGCACGAGGCCUCCUCUAAGAACAGGGUGGAGGUGUGCUCCCUGCUGCUCAGCUACGGAGCCGACCCCACCUUCCUCAACUGCCACAACAAGAGCGCCAUCGACCUGGCACCCACCAGCCUGCUCAAGGAGCGCCUGGCGUAUGAGUUCAAAGGUCAUGCCCUGCUGCACGCCGCACGAGAGGCAGACCUGGCAGGCAUGAAGAAACAUCUCUCCCUGGAGACCAUCAACUUCAGGCAUCCGCAGACUCACGAGACCGCACUGCACUGCGCGGCCACAUCCCCCUACCCGAAGAGAAAACAAGUGUGCGACUUACUGCUGAGGAAAGGAGCCAACGUGAACGAGAAGUCUAAAGACUUUUUGACGCCCCUGCACCUGGCUUCCGAGAAGUCCCACAACGACAUCGUGGAAGUUCUGGUGAAGCACGAGGCCAAAGUGAACGCGCUGGACCACCUGGGCCAGACAGCCCUGCACCGGGCGGCCCACUGCGGACACCUCCAGACCUGCCGCCUCCUCCUGACCUCAGGCUGUGACCCCCUCAUCACGUCCCUGCAGGGCUUCUCCCCCUCUCAGAUGGGCAACGAGAGCGUCCAGGAGGUCCUGCAGCAGGGCGUGUUCAUCGGAAACUCGGACACCGACCGGCAGCUGCUGGAGGCCUCGAAAUCGGGAGACUUGGAGAUCGUCAAGAGGCUGUGUACGCUCCAGAACGUAAACUGCAGGGAUGUGGAGGGCCGCCAGUCGACGCCCCUCCAUUUUGCGGCGGGGUAUAACCGCGUGGCGGUGGUGGAGUUCCUGCUUCUGCACGGAGCCGACGUCCACGCUAAGGACAAGGGCGGUCUGGUCCCCCUGCACAACGCCUGCUCCUACGGUCACUAUGAGGUGGCGGAGCUCCUGGUCAUACACGGGGCUGUGGUCAAUGUGGCGGACCUAUGGAAGUUUACACCUCUGCACGAGGCCGCGGCCAAAGGGAAAUAUGAGAUCUGUAAACUCCUGCUGCAGCACGGUGCUGACCCGACCAAAAAGAACCGUGACGGGAACACCCCGCUGGACCUGGUGAAGGACGGGGACACGGACAUCCAGGACCUGCUGAGGGGCGACGCGGCCCUGCUGGACGCCGCCAAGAAGGGCUGCCUGGCCCGCGUCAAGAAGCUGUGCAGGCCCGACAACGUCAACUGCAGAGACACGCAGGGCCGCCACUCCACCCCCCUGCACCUCGCAGCUGGCUAUAACAACCUGGAGGUGGCUGAGUACCUUCUGCAGCACGGCGCGGAGGUCAACUCUCAGGACAAGGGCGGCCUCAUCCCCCUACACAACGCUGCUUCAUACGGGGCGGACGACGUCCGCGCCUUGCUGACGGCAGCCAUGCCCCCUUCCGCUCUGCCCUCCUGCUACAAGCCACAGGUCAUCAGCGUCUCCGCCCCUGCGGGCGUGGCCCCCUCCGCUCUCUCCGCCGGCCCCGCCCCCCUGCCCUCCUCCAGCGCCGUAGACACCCAGCCGGGAGGGUUCCCUGAGCUCCUCCCCCUCCUCGCGCCUCCCGGGGCCGAGGGCCCAGCGGGUGGAGACAACAAGGAAGAGGUUCUAGGGGUUGACCUGAGCAUCAGCCAGUUCCUCCACAACCUGAGCCUGGACCACCUUCUGGAGAUCUUCGAAAGAGAGCAGAUCACCCUGGACGUGCUGAUCGAGAUGGGACACAAAGAGCUGAAGGAGAUCGGCAUUAACGCCUACGGACACCGACACAAGAUCAUCAAGGGGGUGGAAAGGCUGAUCUCAGGACCGCAAAGUCUGAACCCGUACCUAACUCUGAACACCGCUAACAGUGGGACCAUCCUGAUCGACCUGGCCACAGAUGACAAGGAGUUCCAGUCCGUGGAGGAAGAGAUGCAGAGCACCAUCAGGGAGCACAGGGAUGGCGGCCAUGCUGGGGGAGUUUUUAACAGAUACAAUAUCUUAAAGAUCCAGAAGGUGUGUAAUAAGAAGCUGUGGGAGAGGUAUACUCAUCGCAGGAAGGAAGUAUCUGAGGAGAAUCACAACCACUCCAACGAGCGAAUGCUCUUCCACGGUUCUCCGUUUGUGAACGCCAUCAUCCAUAAGGGUUUUGAUGAGAGGCACGCGUACAUAGGAGGCAUGUUUGGAGCUGGGAUCUACUUUGCGGAGAACUCCUCUAAGAGCAAUCAGUAUGUCUAUGGGAUAGGAGGGGGCACAGGAUGCCCCCUGCACAAAGACCGCUCCUGCUACAUCUGCCAAAGGCACUUGCUGUUCUGCCGCGUGACCCUUGGGAAGUCCUUCCUCCAGUUCAGCGCCAUGAAGAUGGCCCACUCCCCCCCUGGCCACCACUCCGUCACUGGCCGGCCCAGUGUGAACGGACUGGCCCUGGCCGAGUACGUCAUCUACAGAGGGGAACAGGCCUAUCCAGAAUAUUUGAUAACGUAUCAAAUAAUUCAACCCGAGGGGACUGCAGAUGGAUAAGUUCCGAGGUCAAAGGUCAGCUGUCAGCACUGGGCCAGUCCUGUUCAGAUUGUCAUGCGCAUUAUGAGAUUGAUCCAUGGCUGUAAUUACUGCAUGAGAAAAUGUUUAUACAGUGUAUAAAGUUUUUCUUUUCAAUCUUUUUUUAAUCUAAUCCCGUUUCUAAUCCCCCUCCCCUCCUAUGUUUGGUUGUAUAUUGAACUGCGUGAUUUAAUGAAAUUGUGAUUAUAAUUUUUUCAUUUAUUUAAUUAAAUUUUGUUGGCUUGUUCUAAUGUCCAUAUUUGGAAGAGUGAUGUUUGCACCCUAUUCGACUUAUAAUUCUGUAAAAGGAUAACUGUUGGAACGCAAAGCACAGCUGAAAUUUGAAUUAUUUAUUUUACAAAGCUGUUGUGUAUAUAUUUUUUGUACUAGCAUGUUAAUUUAUUUACCUUUGUAUUAUAAGAAUAAUACAUCUUAACAUUAACUGAACCGAAUAAUCUUUCUUCUGAACCAGCAGUGGAAAAGAAUGAAUCCCGUUUCAGGACUUGCUGAGAUGAAAUGGCCAGUUGUACUGUAAUUGUUGCAGGGUAUCUUCGUAUUUAUAACCGUGGUAAUAUUUUUCGUUCAUAAUUUGACGAGGAGCAGAGAGAGAAACCAGACGACACUAUGUUGAAUGUUCUAUCAGUCUGUUUCAGUAUCCAGGGUGAUCUUAUCUGCUGACAGUUCCUUGGUGAAUAAGCAGUGUAUAUAUUUCUUUGUCAUAGAUGGCAAAAAAAAAAGUUGAAAAGAAAUGCCUCAAACGUUUUUUUCAGUGCUCAUUGAUCUCUCCAGAAAAAAAAAAAAGUUUUAAGUUGACAAGCUUGGUAAUGGUUUUCUUCAUACAGUACACUCAUUUGAAGGUUAAGUUGUCUACAGUGCAUAAUGUAGCUAACUGGUAUGUGACUGAAUUUUGUUAUGGCAGAUAUUGUUGGAUGCACUGUUUUGAGUUUGUCAUAAGAAAUAAUGUGGACUUGACACUAUGGUAUCUUUGCAUAAUGUUUCUGAAGCACUUGUUCUUUGUGCAUGGUAUUCCUGUCAUGUUCAAUCUUGUGAUGUCAUAUAUGGAAAGUAUCUGUUUAACACUGUUUCAGUAUCAUGUGGUAAAUUAUGGGAAGUUCUCUUCAACCCCUGUGGCAACCAAAUAAAAAAUAAUAAUAUAUUA